AUGAAAGACCAAAUAUUCGAGAACCUGGAACUGGAUAUUUCUAUAGAACAAUGAUGGCAAAACUUUAUCGCCAAGGAAUGGCAGUACAAGAGUGGGAUUUUGGGAAUGCUAGAAAAUAUUCAAGAGAUCUUAUCGGUGAUUCACGUAAUCAUUCUCUUGCCCUUUGUAAUGUACCAAACGAUCCAAAUUUUCAGAUAAAUAUUCCUAUAAGUGAAGUAUUUUGGGAUCCACCGUCAUUUCCCAUUCCACCGAUGUAUGCUCCAGAAAUCCCGGCAAACAUAAUUAGUAACAAUUUUAUUAUUGACUUGUACCGGAUCCAGCGAAUUGCUUUAAAAGCUGAAAUGUGA